AUGACUGACGAGAAGUUGAAAGCUGCGAUCCUUGUUGUUUCCGAGACCGCUUCCCAGGAUCCCUCAACAGACAAGUGCAUACCAGUCCUCCAAGAUGUAUUCGCCAAGCUCGGAAACGAUCAAUGGGAGGUCGCAUCGACCGACAUCAUUCCAGAUAGCGUGCUCGAUAUCCAAAAGAGCAUACGGACAUGGACCGAUAGUGAAAAUCCUAUCAACUUGAUCGUUACUAGUGGUGGUACUGGUUUUGCUACGAAGGAUGUUACGCCUGAGGCAGUGACGCCACUCAUAGAUCGACAUGCACCUGGUUUAGUACAUGGAAUGCUUUCUUCAUCAUUCGCUGUCACGCCUUUUGCACUCAUGGCUCGACCGGUUGCGGGCGUAAGGAAAGGUACACUCAUUCUGACGCUACCUGGAUCACCGAAGGGCGCAAAAGAGAACCUGGAGGCUGUACUCAAGCUCUUGCCGCAUGCUUGCGUUCAAGCGGCCGGUGCGGCAUCAAGACCACUGCACGUCGGUGGUGUCGAAAAGCUUGAAAACGAUGCAGGGGUCUCCUCUGGUAGUACUGCUGCAGGAGCAGCAAGUGGACACCGCCACUCCCAUCACCACAAUCACUCCCACAGUCAUGGAGGCCAUACCGGCCCGAAGGCACACACCAAAACCGAAGAUCGACCACAGUCCAACGACCCUAGCGCAGGACCAACCCGUCGAUACCGCUCAUCCCCCUAUCCCAUGCUCGCAGUAGACGAAGCGCUCAAGCUUAUAGAAGAGCAUACCCCACCCCCAAUCAUUGACAAAGCCCCUGUAGACAUGGCUCUCGGCGGUUCGGUGCUAGCAGAGGAUGUCAAAGCCGCGGAAUCCGUUCCCGCAUUCCGUGCUAGUAUCGUAGAUGGUUACGCUGUUAGGAUACCAUCGUCAGGAAAGUUUGAAAAGGGCGUGUAUCCCGUGGCUCUUGUCUCACACGCCCAAGCCGGUGAUGUGCAAGAGCUGGAAGAGGGACAAAUCGCUCGUAUUACAACUGGCGCUCCGCUUCCACCCGGUGCUGACGCCGUGGUAAUGGUGGAAGAUACCGUUCUCAAUUCUCAAACCGCGGACGGAAAGGAGGAGAAAGAAGUCGAGAUCCUUACGGAUGAGAUCAAAAGUGGAGAGAAUGUGCGAGAGGUCGGUAGCGAUGUUAGAGAGGGGGCUACCAUCAUGAAGAGGGGCGAAGGCAUCACAGUUGUCGGCGGCGAAUUCGGACUUCUCGCCUCGGUAGGCACAACAGAGGUGUCGAUCUACAGGCGCCCGGUCGUUGGUGUCUUGAGCACAGGUGACGAGAUCAUUCCUCACGAUAGACCAGGUCCACUCAGCCUAGGCGAGGUGCGCGAUACAAAUCGACCUACAUUGCUCACCGCAGUGCGUAGCAACAACUUUGAAGCUGUGGACCUGGGUAUUGUGUCUGACAAGCCUGGUGCCCUCGAAGACACACUUCGCUCCGCUUUUGCCAAGGUCGACGUAAUCAUAACCAGUGGUGGCGUCUCCAUGGGCGAACUCGAUCUCCUCAAGCCCACCAUCGAGCGCUCCCUCGGUGGCACAAUCCACUUCGGCCGCGUCAACAUGAAGCCUGGCAAGCCUACCACCUUCGCGACAGUUCCCACAAAGCACUCUUCUUCCACCGCUUCCCGCGUAGCCAAGACCAUCUUUUCACUACCUGGAAAUCCCGCCUCCGCAGUCGUAACCUUCCACCUCUUCGUUCUGCCCUCGCUGCAUAAGCAAGCCGGCAUUGUACCUGCGGGCUUGCCGAGGGUGAAGGUGGCGUUGGAUGCAGAUGUUCGGAUGGACAAGGGCAGGCCUGAGUACCACCGUGCAAUCGUGGCUGUGGCAAGAGAUGGUGGACUAGUUGCGAGCAGCACGGGUGGACAACGGAGCAGUAGGAUUGGGAGCUUCAAGGGGGCGACCGCGUUGCUAUGCAUGCCGGCUGGGGAGGGUUGGGUGAAAAAGGGAGAACAAGUGGAUGCGUUGCUCAUGGGAAAGGUUGGGGCGGUUUGA